UUGCGUUUUCUAAGCCAUCAAACGUUCGAGACCCAAAUCAACCCCUCUGAGAGCCUCUCCUGAUUUCUGUAUUCAUAACACAAGGAAUAGAGACGAGAUAUGACGCGGUUUGCACGGCCUGGCAGGAAGACACAUGUGGAGGCGACCUCGUGGACGGACCUGGUCAACUCGGCAGAGCUCCCAAAGGCCGGUCGCGAGCACUACGGCGAGGAUCCGAACGCACCGCGCCCAAAGCCAAAGCCAAGGCACCUCAACCACCCGACGACGACAAGCUCUGGCACCGAUGCAUCAGGAAGCGGUGGGAUGCCGCCCAAGGCCACUGCGGACGCCGCAGACGCGCGCAUCGUCAAGCACAAGAACAAGAACAAGAGCAAGAGCAACCUUGCCAAUGCCAGUGCCAAUGCCAGUGCCAGUGCCAAGCCGUCACGACUCGCCCUGUUGACCCCAGCAAACGACGCAGAGCCACUGCUCGCUUUCAACAAGCCGCCGACCGCUGCAGACAUUUUGCAGACAAUGGACGCCACCGGCGCAGACGCGGAAACCGCUGCUGCUACUGCCGCAGCGCCAGGCACGCAGGCAACCGAUCUGGCAUUCCCAGCAGAGGCGGCUCGCGAGCGCAGUGAGCCAGCGCAGGACAGUGCACAGCCAAAGCGACUGACGAGGCACGAGAAGGAUGUCAAUGCCAGGCGUUUGCGACGCGGUCUGAGCAAGCAGAUUUGCUUUAACUGCCGAAAGAAGGGCCAUUCGGUGAGCGAGUGCAAGGCCGGCAAGACGGUUUCGGACGCCACUGGCCUGUGCUAUGCUUGUGGCUCGACCGAGCACACCACCAAGUCAUGCCGAGUUCCGAAUCCAUCUGGAGCGAUGCCUUUCGCAAUGUGCUUUGUUUGCAGAAAGACUGGCCAUUUGUCAAAGUUUUGCCCGGACAAUCCACGCGGCAUGUAUCCCGAUGGCGGCUCGUGUACCCACUGCACAUCUGUUCGUCAUCUUGCGAAGGAUUGCCCUGAUCAUCCCCGGCUGAAAGGACAACAACCGCGCACAUACACCAUCCAAGCAGCAACAGCGCAGUCCAACCCUGAGGAUGACGGUCUCCAGCUGUCCGCUGAAAAGGAUGCAGACUUGUUUGUACGCGCUCCAGCCAAGGCAAAGGCCAAAACCAAGGUCGUCAAAUUUUAAUGCACUUUUUGGAGUGUCUUCACAUGAUACAUUGUGGUGUGCAUUCUUUGGCAUGCAAUACAUACGGCGUUGUGUUGCGUA